UCCUCCCAGGGUCCUGAUUAAGUGACUGAUCACCAUUAAACUGAACAUGUGACCAUAAAAUUCCAGUAAAUGUAGUAAAAUUUCAUGACAUAAAAUUUGCAUCUUCCUCAUCUUUCCCCUCUUAUUGUAAAACCCUUAUUAUUAAAAGGAGGUCCAGUUGAACUCAUCAUGUGCAGAGUGGUAUCACUUGCAGGGCUGAAAGCAGAAGAGCAAUAAGGAAAUUGUCCCUGCAGCCACACUGGAGGAAGUCAAGUGAACAUUCCCUGAGAACCAAAUCAACCUAAGGAUGUUUCAUUAUACCUUAAAAGUUACACUUCAGAUUAAAUCUGGGGCUUGGUAUUGAUCUACUUUCCCUGAAAGUUUUUUUCACCUCUGCUUUCUCAUCAGGUAUUGGUUGAACUUGACUCCUUCAGAUAUAAUGUGGAAUACCUCUGAUACUGGCUGGGCAAAAUCAUCCUAUGGCAGUGUUUUUUCACCUUGGAUCUGUGGAUCCUGUGUCUUUGUACACAAUAUGCCACAGUUUAAACCAGAAGUUAUUGCAGAGACACUCUCAAGAUACCCCAUCACUGCCUUCUGCACGGCUCCCACCGCCUUCCGCAUGCUGGUCCAACAUGAUGUGAGCAGGUACAAGUUCCCGAGUCUGAAACACUGUGUAACUGGAGGGGAAGCACUCAAUCCUGAAGUGUAUGCAAAGUGGAAAAUCCAGACAGGGCUGGAUAUCCAUGAAGGAUAUGGCCAGAGCGAAACAGUACGUUUGCAUUAAUUCUUGCAGUAUACCCAUUCAAAGGUAACACUACCAGAGCCAUGAUGUCCUUGAUAAAUUAAUGAAAAAGGUAAGAAGCACUUAUAUGAUUGAAAAAAAAAAACCAACCAGCUUUGCAUAAUUGUGAUUAUAUAGUUCCAGAAUCAGCAAGCUACAUAGUUUAAUGGUUUCGAUCCUUGCAAUAAACAUGCCAGUGACACUUCAGAUCAAAUAAGUUUCAGGAGAUCCCUUUGUCAUCUUUACUUCAAAAAAAACCUGAAAAAUAGUGUGCUCCAUCUAUCAAUUUUGCCUGUCUGGGGUUUUAAUGGAAAAUGUUAAACCAGUUCACUUCCCAGACUUCUCUGUAAGUGAACAUUAACAAAGCUAUUAAGAUUCAGAUCUCAGGCCUUCUCUUAUUUUGCCCUUGAAAUGGUCCCAAAUUAAUUGUCCCAUUAUUGAAAUAAGAUCUGUAAUAAUUUCACAUCUGCUGCCCUGCAAAGUCAAGUGUUUGCAGGACAACCCACUGGCUCAGACUCAACAAAAUCAAGCUCACACAGGUCUGACCUGAAAUGCCUCUCAAUGCCUCUCUGAUGGUCUCAAGAACCACAGAGCUGUGGUCCUGAUUGAGCCCUUGUCACAACAAAGUCACAAAGAGGAGCCCUGUCUAACACAAACAAUAAUAAAAUUUACAAGAUGUUGCAAC